GGCGCUCAACGUAUUCAUCUUUCCAUUUGCUUAGUUAGCUGUUGCUACGGUUUUCACAAAAUGUCUGCAGUUGAUCCUAAAUGGCAAAGUCACAUGCAACCACGCUACCCCGGUCUGAUCGAAGGAUUACGAGUGAGCGGCACUGUACUAGACCAUCUCUACCAGUCGGGACUGCUUGAUGCCGAAGGACGUUCGACAGUCGAUAAAGUGCAAUCGAACACAGAACAAGGGAGGGUUCGCUGCUUGUUGGAAUUGCUAGAAAGGAAGCCUCCAGGAUCUUUUGAAAAAUUUUGUAAUGUAUUGGACAAGGUUGGAUAUAAGCACUUGGCUGUUAUGCUACGGUCUGAAAGUGUAUCUUCUGAUCAGACCGAAAUCAGAGUACCUUCAGCAUCAUCUGGAGUCAGUUUGACGGCAGGAGUGACAGAUAUCACCGAUGGCAAUAAUAGAGUAACGCCUAUUCCUCCCAUGUUAGCUUCUCAGGGCUGGAAGUACGACGUGUUUUUAUGUCACGCAGGCGAUGACAAAAAAGACUUUGUCUAUCCAUUAUACAAGGAGCUCAAGGAGAAACAUGGCAUUGUUUCGUUUUUUGAUGCUGAAUCUUUGCCAGAGGGAGGCAUGACACAGAAACUCAUUGCUGAAGCCAUAAUACAGUCUCCUCUGUUUGUCGUUAUACUCAGUCAUGAGUUCAAGGGAAAACCCUAUCCUGAAACAGAAGUUAAAGCAGCAUUUGAAUUUGACGAAGAUAAAAGUGAUUCACGUAAGUUUGACUCACGUUACAAGAAGAUCAUACCAGUAUUUUACAAGAUUACAGCCACCGCUUGCAGCGAAUCUACAGUCACAAUCUUAAAAAAGUUGGCUCGAAUUGCUGGCAUUAGGAAGAAAACUGAUGAAAACGAUAGUAGUUUGGUAACUCGCGUUGCGGAAAGAAUUCGAGAACAUGUUGAAGGCCAGCGUGAUAAUGGUGAGAUAAAGGUACUUCCGGAAUUAUCAUCUGUUCGUGCACAGAUAAAGAGGAUCUUCGAACUUGACUGAAGGACGUAGGACAACAAAUUGUAAUGUACGCAGCUGAUCAAUACGUGCGAAAGUUUGGAUUAGAGGCAAACUACAUGUUUUCAUGCUUUAAUAAUCAAUUAGAACAAACAUUACGUUACUAGGUUACAUGAAUGAAUUUGAUGUGCUACUUUGGAAAAUACAAAUUUCAUGCGAGUAAAUUGACUGUAAGAUUCAGAACAGCGUCCGAAUUAUGAUUGAUAUUCU